UCUUCAUAAUCAAUGUCUGCCCUGAACAGCAUUCUGGGUUAGGAAUGUCAACAUGGCUGCAGACAUCGGAGAACUGCUGGUCCCGUACAUGCCAACUAUCAGAGUCCCUAGAUCAGGGGACAGGGUUUACAAGAACGAAUGCGCCUUCUCCUUUGACUCCCCAGAAUCUGAAGGUGGCCUUUAUGUGUGCAUGAGUACUUUCCUUGGGUUUGGAAGGGAACAUGUGGAAAGGCAUUAUCGCAAAACAGGACAAUGUGUCUACAUGCAUUUAAAGCGAACCAUAAAAGAGAAAGCCACAGGAGCUUCUGGUGGAGGGCUUCCAAAGAGAUCUCCUCGGAUUUUUCUUGACCUGGAGCAGAACAAAGAUUUCAACAAUGAAGAUUAUGAAUAUGAAGAUGAAGCUAAACUUGUUAUAUUUCCUGACCACUUUGAAAUUCCUUUGCCAAACAUAGAAGAGUUACCAGCACUGGUGACAAUAGCAUGUGAUGCAGUGCUGACAGCAAAAUCUCCAUAUGGUAAACAAGAUUCUGAAUCAUGGGAAGAAGAGCUUAAGCAUUCAAAGCACGAGCAUACUCUCCAACAACUGGACAAUGGAGUCCGAAUCCCUCCCAGUGGCUGGAAGUGCGCCUGGUGUGACCUGAGGGAGAAUCUUUGGCUCAACCUGACAGAUGGUUCCAUAUUGUGUGGGAAGUGGUUCUUCGAUGGCAGUGGCGGAAAUGGACAUGCUCUGGAACAUUACCGAAAGACAAAAUACCCUUUGGCAGUUAAAUUAGGAACUAUUACCCCAGAUGGUGCAGGUGUAUAUUCAUUUGAUGAAGAGGAAGCAGUACUCGAUGAAAAUAUUGCAGAACACUUGAUGCACUUCGGUAUCAACAUGCUAACAAUGCAAAAGUCUGAAAAUGGUAAUCCAGUCAAUGAUAUAAAGCCACGAAUCAGAGAGUGGGAGGUGGUCCAGGAAUCUGGUACAAAGUUGAAGCCGAUAUAUGGGUCUGGGUACACGGGCAUCAAGAAUCUAGGAAACAGCUGCUACCUCAGCUCCGUCAUGCAGAUAAUCUUUAGCAUCCCUGACUUUCAGAGAAGGUACGUAGGAAACCUCCAAAGAAUAUUUGAUUACUCUCCUCUGGAUCCAACCCAGGAUUUUGAAACACAGAUGGCCAAGCUGGGACAUGCACUACUCUCAGGCCAGUACUCCAAACCUCCAGUGAAGUCUGAGGUUAUCGAACACGUGAUGAAAGAAGAAAACAAGCCUCAGCAACAAGGGAUGGCACCCAGAAUGUUUAAAGCCUUAGUUGGAAAAGGACAUCCAGAAUUUUCAUCAAAUCGACAACAGGAUGCAUUAGAAUUCUUUCUGCAUUUAAUCAACCUUGUAGAUAGAAACAAUAAUGGUUCAGAUGAUCCCAGUGAAGUCUUUCGCUUUAUGGUAGAAGAUCGUGUCCAGUGUUGCCAAUCUGGGAAAGUCAAAUACACACAGAGAGUUGACUACAUCAUGCAACUUCCUGCUGUGGUGGAGGCUGCUGUUAACAAAGAGGAACUUGUAGCUUAUGAACUAAGGAGACGGGAAGCUGAGAUAGCAAAGCGACCUUUCAGAGAGGUUGUUCGUGCCAAAAUUCCAUUCAGCGCUUGUCUUCAAGCAUUUCAGGAGCCAGAAAAUGUCAAUGAUUUCUGGAGCAGUGCACUUCAAGCAAAAUCAGCUGCAAUAAAGACAAUCCACUUUGCUUCAUUUCCUGAAUAUUUGGUGAUUCAGAUAAAGAAAUUUACCUUUGGUAUAGACUGGGUACCAAAAAAAUUAGAUGUCUCGAUAGAUAUGCCAGAUCUCCUAGAUGUCUCCCACCUAAGAGCAACAGGUUUGCAACCGGGAGAGGAAGAACUGCCUGAUAUUUCUCCACCCAUUGUCAUAACCGAUCAAAGUAAAGGCCAUCUGCUGAACCAUUUGAUGGAGACUCCUGAAAUAGAUGAAUCUGCAGUAAUGCAGCUGGCUGAGAUGGGAUUUCCCCUGGAGGCAUGUCGGAAAGCGGUUUACUACACUGGAAAUUUGGGGGCUGAGUUGGCCUUUAACUGGAUCAUAGCACACAUGGAAGAACCUGAUUUUGCUGAGCCACUGGCACUGUCAGGAUGUAAUGAACUUGGCACUGCUGAGUUGGGUCAGUACGAAGUUGGUCUUGCUGGAGGAGCCUCUUCAACGAAAAACCAGCCACCAGAGGAGAUUGUUGCCAUUAUCACAUCAAUGGGAUUUCACAGGAGCCAAGCCAUCCAAGCACUGAAAGCAACUAAUAACAACUUGGAGAGAGCAUUGGACUGGAUCUUCACGCACGCAGACAGCGAGGAUGAAAGCGAGGCGACGUUGGAGAUUGAUUCACAAUCACACAUCGAUACGGAAACAGAGCCGGCAGGGCCCAGAAUCAAGGACGGACCUGGAAGAUAUGAGUUAUUUGCUUUCAUUAGCCACAUGGGAGAAUCGACGAUGUCUGGUCACUAUGUCUGCCAUAUCAAAAAGGAAGGAAGAUGGGUAAUCUACAAUGACCAUAAAGUCUACACUUCAGAGAAACCUCCUAAAGAUCUGGGCUAUAUUUACUUUUAUCAACGGAUUGCCUAUUAAGCUGGAGAGCUUGAUAUGAAAGCCAUAACCUAUCUUCUUUCCAAAGUACAAAAAAAAAUUCGACAAACUGUCAAAGGUUUGAGGGGAAACUGGAUUUUGUCAUUACUGUGCAAAUAUCUUAUUUAUAGAAAACUAAAAUGCAAUAUGUUUGAUAUGAAAAGAAAAUUUUUUAUUGUUUAAUAUAUUGACACAUUUUGUUUUGAAUUGCAUCCGGAAAAGCUGGGGAAGCUGAUCAGAGGUGUGUGCUAUCAGUUUACUUCGAACUGACUUUAUCAAAUUUAUAAUUCAUCGAGACAUCUUCAUUCUUUCUCAUUGCCCUCAUUCUCACUUAUUGUAUUCUAUUUGUGUGACUUACUGUUCAGUUUUGUUGAAUGAGCAUUUCACCACAGAAUGAAAACACCCCACAAAGUCUCAUUUUUUUUUAAAGUUUUCCCUCUUCCCUUCUAAAUAGGAUUUAAUAAAGGAAGAGUUAUUGUAUUUGGCACCAACAAGAUAUUUAAGUGAUAUUGAAGUGGCUUUGAGUUACUGAUUUAGUUCAUGAAUUUGAAUAAAUCCGUGCCUUUACACUAGAGGUUACUCCUCCAGAGUCAAAUGUGUGUCCCAUGGUAUGGUCAUCGUCUAGAAUCAUACACUAUCUCACUUGAUUACACUUCAUGUUAGGAUAUUUUAGAUCUCUAGCAUUGCAUUCCCAGCCAAACUAAGUAAGAAGGCUAACCAGAAACUAAAUCUCUUCUUCCCACUCUGUCGUUAAUUUGCCAGACUUUUAUUGCUUCUCCCAAGUAGAAUCAGACUGUUCUUUAAAUUAAACAGAAGUGUUUAGAAAUUGUACACAUUGUUUUUAUGCACCAUCUACAUAUAAAGGUGUGCUGGGGAAACAAGUCAAUUUGUGACCACUGGGAGAUUAGCCCUGGCACAUCCGGUGAAGUUCAGGUCACAUCACGUGAGUGGUAUUUGCCAGUAGUCGUGCACCUAUUGAUGACAUCACGAGAUCAGGAUGGAGACAGCAGUUAAUGGGUUUGCACGGUCAUUGUAACAUCCUGCACUCAGCACCUCUCAGCCUCACUUAUCAGUGGCCAACAUCAGAGCUGCCUUCUGGACAGGCCAAUGAAGAACUCUCAGUACAAUAUCUUGGGGUCUCUUGCAGUUUGAGAGUCCUCCAGGCCAGCACUCCGUGUGAGACAUACGCUAGAGAGCUAUGUCAUCACUUUUCUUCCCUGUUUUCCUUUGUCUGCAUGGGAAACCUUUAUGCUGCAUUACGAAGACUGUUCUUUAACAUCUGACUUGCUUCCUAGUGGCUAAUGUGGCAGUAAAAUGGACACAACUGUCAUGAGAAAAUGUGCAAAAUUUUACCUGUGCGAUUCAGGAUCAAAGCUCCCCCCCCCCCCCCAUUUUUUAUAUGUUAUUUUACCAAUUUUGAGAUUUUUUUUGUUUAGUUUCUCUAUAUGACAUAUCUGAUCUAAAACACACCCAAGAAUAACUGAUGUUCUGAUUGCUGGAAAUGUGUAAAUAUCAGAAAAUCAAGGAAAGGAAACAAAGAUUUGUAAGCAGCCAUAUUCCAACUUCUUUUAGCCAUUCUAAUCAACUUCCAACAACGAACUUCUAAUGAACUUUGUGUCACUCAAAAGCAUACUGGUUAUUUCUCAACACACACACCAAUUUCUGGAGGAACCCAGUAAGUUGGGCAAGAUUUAUGGAGGGGGGUAUAAACAGUUAGCAUUUCCAUAAGACCAUAAGAUAUAGGAGCAGAAUUAGGCCAUUUGGCCCUUUGAGUCGGCUCUGCCAUUUCAUCAUGGCUGAUCCAAUUUUCCUCUCAGCCUCAAUUUCCUGCCUUCUCCCUGUAUCCAUUCAUGGCCUAAUCAAUCAAGAGUCUAUCAACCUCUCCCUUAUAAAGACUUGUCCUCCACAACUGCCUGUAGCAAAGAAUUCCACAGAUUCUCCACUUUCUGGCUAAAGAAAUUCCUCCCCAUCUGUGUUCUAAAAGGAUACCACUGUAUACUAAUGCUGUGUCCCCUGGUCUUAGACUCUCCUACCAUAGGAAACAUCCUCCCCAUAUCCUCUCUUUCAAGGCUUUCGCCAUUCGAUAGGUUUCGAUGAGGUCACCCCGCAAUCUUCUGAAUUCUAGUGAAUUCAGGCCCAGAGCCAUUCAAAUGCUCUUUGUAUGACAAACCAUUCAAUCCUGGAAUCCUUUUCGUGAACAUCCUAUGAAUUCUCUCCAAUGUCAGCACAUCCUUUCUUAGAUAAGGGGCUCAAAACUGCUCUCAGUACUCCCAAGUGAGGCCUCAUUAGUGCUUUAUAAAUUCUCAACAUUACAUCCUUGCUUUUGUAUUCUAGUCUUGAAAUGAAUGCUAACAUUGCAUUUGCCUUCCUCACCACAGACUCAUCCUGCAAAUUAACCUUUAGGGAAUCCUGCACCAGGGCUCCCAGUCCCUUUGCACCUCAGUUUUCUUGUAUUUUCUCUCCAUUUAGAAAAUAGUCAACCCUUUCAUUUCUUCUAUUCAAAGUGCAAAACCACACACUUCCCGACACUUGCCAUGUUUACCCCAUUCUCCUAAUCUAAGUCCUGUAGCCUCUCUACUUCUCAAAACUACCUGCCCUCCACCUAUUUUCAAAUUGUCUGCAAGCUUUGCAACAAAGCCAUCAAUUCCAUCAUCCAAGUAUUGGCAUAUAAUGUAAAAAAAAAAAUCGGACCCAAAGCAGAACCUUGUGGAACACCACAAGUCACGGACAGUCAGUCUGAAAAAGCUCCCUUUUUCCCCACUCUUUGCCUCCUGCCAAUCAGCCACUGCUUUAUCCAUGCCAGAAUCUUCCUGUAAUACCAUGGGCUCAUAGCUUGUUAAGCAGCCUCAUGUGUGGCAACUUGUCAUAAGACUUCUGAAAAUCCAAGUACAAAACAUCAACCGAUUCUCCUUUGUCUAUAUUGCUUGUUACUUCUUCAAAGAAUUGCAUCAGAUUUGUCAGGCAAGAUGUUCCCUUGAGGAAACCAUGCUGACUACGUCCUAUUUUAUCAUGUGCCUCCAGGUAAUCUGCAACCUCAUCCUUAAUCAUUGACUCCAACAUCCUCCCAACCACUGAGGUCAGACUAGCUGGCCUGUAGAAACAUAGAAAACCUACAGCACAAUACAGGCCCUUUGGCCCACAAAGUUGUACCGAACAUGUCCCUACCCUAGAAAUUACUAGGCUUACCUAUAGCCCUCUAUUUUACUAAGCGCCAUGUACCUAUCUAAAUAUUUCUUAAAAGACCCUAUCGUAUCCGCCUCGAACACCAUUGCCGGCAGCCCAUUCCACGCACUCACCACUCUCUGAGUAAACAACUUACCCCUGACAUCUCCUCUGUACCUACACCCCAGCACCUUAAAGCUGUGUCCUCUUGUGGCAACCAUUUCAGCCCUGGGAAAAAGCCUCUGUCUAUCCACACGAUCAAUGCUUCUCAUCAUCUUAUACACCUCUAUCAGGUCUCUUCUCAUGCUCCGUCACUCCAAGGAGAAAAGGCUGAGUUCACUCAACCUAUUCUCAUAAGGCAUGCUCCCCAAUCCAGGCAGCAUCCUUGUAAAUCUCCUCUGCACCCUUUCAAUGGCUUCCACAUCCUUUCUGUAGUGAUGCGACUAGAACUGAGCACAGUUUCUUUCUUAUAGUUUCCCUUCUUAUGCCUCUCUCCCUUUGUGAAGAGUAGAGUGACAUUUGCAAUUUUCCAUUCUACUGGAACCAUUCCAGAAUCUCGUGAUUCUUGAAAGAUCAUUACUAAUGCUUUCAGCGCCUCUUUCAGAACUCUGGGUUGUACACUAUCUGGUCCAGGUGACAUCUACCUUUAGGACUUUCAGUUUCACAAGAACCUUCUCUCUAGUUACAUUAACUUCACACACUUCAUGCCCUCUGAUGCCUGGAAGUUCCACCAUCCUGCUAGUGUCUUCCAUAGUGAAGACUGAUAUAAAAUACUUAUUUAGCUUGUCCGCUAUUUCAUUGUCCCCUCAUUACUACCUCUCUAGCAUUGUUUUCCAGUGGUCUGAUAAUCCACUCUCACCUCUCUUUUACCCUUUAUGUAUCUGAAGAAUUUUUUGGUAUCCUCUUUAAUAUUAUUGGCUUGUUUACUUUCGUAUUCCAUCUUUGCCUUUUUUUAAUGACUUUUUUUUAGUUGUCUUUGGUUGGUUUAUAAAAACUUCCCAAUCCUGUAACUUCCCAUUAGUUUUUGCUCUAUUAUAUGCCCUCUCGUUGGUUUUAUGUUGGCUUUGACUUCUCUUGACCUGAUGAAGGGUCUCAGCUCAAAAUAUCCUUUGGUUAAUCCUAUCUAUAGACGCUCCCUGACAAUAUUAUUGAGUUCCUCCGGCAUUUUGUGUGUUGGUUAUUUUUCAUCUUUGCAGAAAUACUUCAACCUGCCUUCAUAAAGUAUGGUACUGAUGUAUAAUAAAAGUAUCAAUAGCUCAUUCUAUGAAUAAAUUAUAUUCAUAGAUUAAAUGUUAAAUCAUCCUGCUAUUGAUUCUAAUUUUGUUGCAGAAGAGUAUAUAUUUUGGUCUGCGGUAUUAAAUGGACACUUUUUUGCUGAUGAUCACUUGUCCAUUCAUUAGACAUGAGACCCUUGCGUUCGGUGGAAAUGGAAACAAGUCACAUAAAAGUGAAACAGUAGUCAACAUAUAACAACUGAAGUUUGCAGGCUAACGAGGAAAAUUGAAUAUUUAUCUAAGGGUGUGUGUUUUGUGGAUGAGUGAUUCUAGAGAACAUGUUCCUUUUAGUUUGUCCAUCUUCAGAAGAAGCAUCAGAGCUGGAACGUGGUAACAUGCAUAAGCUCAAAAUACUGGUUUCUCUUUUUUUUGGGUCGUUCCUUUAUGAGGAAGUUGUUCUUCAUCUGUGGUGACAACUGGAUAUGAGGGAAUCAAAAGAAAAGUUGUUCAGGGCAAUAUUACCCAGCUGGAGGGGAGAGUUAAGAAUCUUAAGCAAGAUAUUGACCUGAAACAUUGUCUCUCUUGAAAUGUUGACUCUCCCGUUGCCUCCACAGAUGCUGCCUGACCCUCUAUGUUCUCCUGCAGCUUCUUUGCCAACAAUUACAUGUUGAUUUGACAGUUUGGUUUUAUCUAAAGUUAUUUUUAAUUAUCAAGGUCUGUACCAACUUUUCAUAAACUUUAUCACUAAAUCCAUAUUAUACAGUAUAUGGAAGAAAACAAAUCGUGUUAAUAAUUCCCAAUUGCAAUGCUGAAGGAAGUUCUAAGAGUUCAUUCAAUGAUAUAAUUAUUAUCAUUAUUUAAGGAAAAGCUGUUGGUGGUUGAUAGGACAGUGAGAGGCUUUCAAGAAAGCAGGCAGCAUUAUGAAUGGCAUUCAUUAAAAUAAUAAUUUGGAUGCUAAUGAAUGAGUAAUGCAUCUUACAAGUUGUAAUUGUGUUGUUGAUUAUUACUUUUAAAAAUUUGAAUAAUUAUAUGAAAUUUACUUUGA